AUGGCGAAGGCGUCCACAGUGGUUGUACUAUUGUUGAUAUCCCUGUUCCACCAGCUCUGUGCCAAUGCGAUUGUCCUGAGAAUCUCGGAAAACAAUCAUCGAUUCUACCUGGCAAAGACCCAAGAGACCUUUAAAUUUGCCGACUUGCAGCUUCUGCAAGCCCAACUGGAUGCAACCAACUGCCAAUAUGAAUGCGAGAGGCUUGUGUUGGAUGCCGCCACGGGAUCGACACUUCUACAACUGAAUUUUGAUUCCAGGAAUCCAGCAACGGUAUACGACCUCUUGCCACAGCAAUCUUCUGAAAAGAAUAAAGUUGAAGUGGACGACACUCUUCCACCUAGCUUGGCACGGUGCGAAUGGAUAGCAGAGGUCAUUGCUUUUGGAUCAAAUGCCAGCAAUUUGGUCAAAUCAUUGCAAGAACACAACAAUGGAAAAGGAAUCGCAAUAGAAAAUUGCACAGGUUGGGCCAUCGAUUACAUCCGAAUGGUUGAUAAAGAGGGCUCGGCAAACGACAUUCCCAAGCUGGGAUACACUUUGAAGCCGCUCCUCUGUGCAAUUGCUCAAAACAUUCGAGCCCCGGCAUCGUUGGAUGCCAGCUGUGCAUCCGAACAACUAGUUGCUAUCGAGACACUGCACCAUGGCAUAUACAUGGGUCGCAUCAUUUCACGUUCUGGCUCUCCUACCGGUACUGCUCACCUGUCCUGCUGGAGCAAGAGGCCUUUCCAGUACAGUUCUGCCAUUCACCCCGUGGUGGCUGAGAUCGUCAUUGAAAUGUUGUUUGAUCUAGUCGAACACCCGGUGGAACCGGACGGCGCUAUUCGUAUCCUCGAUCCAACGUGUGGUAGCGGUACCUUCCUGGCCUUUGCUCUGGCUUCCGGGAGACGAAGAGUCCACGUCGAAGGGUGGGAUGUCAACCCGCAGUGUGUACAAGGAACGAAGCAAAACCUUGGAUACUGCUUUGGAGAAGAUAGUGUCUCUUCAAGGUGUCGAGUGCGUGUAAGGGAUAGCUCUAUAGUGCCACUCGUCCAAGAGUCAGGAGACUUGCCGUUGAAGAUUGACUGUGUAGUUUCCAACCUGCCGUGGGGGCAGAAUACAAUUGACUACGUGGAUCAGAAUCUCAACAUUCUGAAAGCACUGAAGCGACAGCUGAAACCUGGAACUCCAUGCAUCUUCGUCCACAAGGAUGCACUCUUGUCCAACUCCAAGCCGCUGGCACGCCUGGGCUACAGCAUCAUCGGGGAAGCCACAGUGCCGCCACCGAAUUUUGCGCUUCCCAAAUCACGAAAGAAACGCACUUCUAGCAGCAAAGACGCGGAUGGUCCUACAAGCACAAGACCACAACGAAUCACAGUGACAAGAACUCUGUCUUGA